CUGUUCUGAAGCUAGAGGAACCCAUCAGUUGCAAACAGAAGAAUUUGAGGCUGCUUGGUGUAGCGUUUUAGGUCACGAGUUUGACAAAAAAAGCACACAACAAUACAUAGCAAUUGGUAUUGCUACACGCAGCAUAUGUAUGUAGUUAUUAGUAUUUAGUUCUAAGUAAUUGCAAGGCAAAAUGACGACCGUGUCGUUGCUUUUGGUGGUGGCAUCCAUCGCAUCAACAUUUGGAGAGUCUUCUGUUUAUUUCCGAGAACAAUUUGAAGAUGGGGAUGCCUGGAAAAGCCGAUGGGUGGAAUCGAAACACAAGUCAGACUAUGGCAAGUUUGUUCUCAGUGCUGGGAAAUUCUAUGGCGAUGUAGAAAAAGACAAAGGUCUUCAAACCAGCCAGGAUGCUCGCUUUUACUCUGCAUCCUCCCGCUUUGAGUCCUUCAGCAACAAAGACCAGCCACUGGUAAUCCAGUUCACUGUGAAACAUGAACAGAACAUUGAUUGUGGUGGGGGUUACAUCAAGCUGUUCCCAGCUGAUCUCAACCAGGAGGAAAUGCAUGGAGAUUCCACGUACAACAUCAUGUUUGGUCCUGACAUCUGUGGUCCAGGUACUAAGAAAGUCCAUGUUAUCUUCCACUACAAAGGCAAGAAUCACUUGAUCAACAAAGACAUCAGAUGCAAGGAUGACGAAUAUACCCACCUCUAUACACUGGUAGUCAAUCCGGAUAACACAUAUGAAGUUAAGAUUGACAACAAGAAAGUGGAGUCUGGAAGCCUGGAAGAGGACUGGGACUUUCUUCCCCCAAAGAAGAUCAAGGACCCUGAUGCAGAGAAACCAGAUGACUGGGAUGAUAAUGAGAAAAUAGAUGAUCCGGAGGAUAAGAAGCCAGAGGACUGGGAUGUGGCUGAGAACAUUCCAGAUCCUGAUGCCAAGAAGCCUGAUGACUGGGACGAUGAGAUGGAUGGUGAAUGGGAGCCUCCCAUGAUCACCAACCCUGAUUUUAAGGGGGAAUGGAAACCCAAACAGAUUGACAAUCCCGCCUACAAGGGCAAAUGGGUACACCCUGAAAUUGAUAACCCAGACUAUACCGCUGACGCUGAAAUCUACAAAUAUGACAGCGUAGGGGUGAUUGGAUUGGAUUUGUGGCAGGUGAAGUCUGGUACUGUUUUUGAUAAUUUCCUCAUCACCAAUGAUCCAAAGUUGGCAGAAGAAGUAGGGAACGAGACUUGGGGUGAAACAAAGGACCCCGAAAAGAAGAUGAAGGAAAGUCAGGAAGAAGAAGAAAGAAAGAAACGUGAGGAAGGGAUGAAUAAAAAGGAGGAAGAUGAGGAAGACAAAGAAGAAGAAGAGGAGGAUGAGGAGGAUUAUGAAGAUGAAGAGGAUGAGGAGGACAGAGAAGAGGAGGAAGAAACAGACUCUAAACUCAAGGAUGAGUUAUAAACUCAAAGGAACAUCUUGACAAGGAAGCCUGUCUGUGCAAGGUUUAAGGCAGGACUUUCUUGGACAUUUUGCUAAUGAUUGAAGCUGACGAUUUUAAGUUUGGAAGCUACUGUUUUGUUUACAUGACAAGGGAUGGGCAAAAAUUAAGGACAGCAGUUAUCUGUUAUGUUUCUGUGUACUGUUAAUAAACUAUGGGAGUUCGUAUUUGUCAA